AUGAGGAGAAAAGGCAACCCAUCGGGAGCAAAUGCUGUGGAGACAGGAGGAACAGAUGUCGUCAUUGUUAAAAAUGGCAGAAGAAUAUGUGGCACAGGAGGCUGCUUAGCCAAUGCACCUUUACAUCAGAACAAGAGCUAUUUUGAGUUUAAAAUCCAGUCCACAGGGAUUUGGGGUAUUGGAGUUGCAACCCAGAAAGCAAACUUGAAUCAAAUUCCACUUGGCCGAGAUGUCCAUAGUCUGGUGAUGAGAAAUGAUGGAGCUCUCUACUAUAACAAUGAGGAGAAAAAUAGACUACCAGCAAACAACCUUCCUCAGGAGGGCGAUGUGGUGGGCAUUACAUAUGACCAUGUAGAAUUAAAUGUAUAUUUAAAUGGGAAGAACAUGCAUUGUCCAGCUUCAGGAAUCCGAGGGACUGUCUAUCCAGUGGUCUAUGUUGAUGACAGUGCCAUUCUGGAUUGUCAGUUCAGUGAAUUUUAUCAUACACCUCCAGCAGGGUUUGAAAAGAUCCUCUUCGAGCAGCAAAUCUUCUGAAUGUCUUCAUACUGAGAAUUUGCACCCUGCACUGUUACAAAAGCUUUGUCAUCUUAAAUAAAGCUUCACUUUACUUUUAGGAAACAUAUCUGUAUUUUUAGUAAGUACUUGUGCCUGUUGUCUGCAGAAUUAAUAUGUUAACUGGAACACCAGGUAACUGUGUAGCAAAUAUGAGGUUUCUGGCAACGUUUUGUGGUUGAAAAUGAGUAUUUUGGGGCAGGGUUUUUCUCUGAUUCAUACUUGAUGCGUAAGGAGAUUAAGUGUUACAUUUGGUAUUUUGAAUAAACUGGAGCUCUGUAAAGCAAAUAGUUGUUAUGCAUAUGAUAGCUAUGGAGAUGGAUAUUUUUUAUGACUUUUUUUCCCCCACAAAAGUUACGUACUUUGUUUAAAGGAAGCACUGUGUUUCUAGUCUGUGAUUUGGAGUUGCAGUGUCCCAGUUGUGCACAAUGACUGAUAAUACGAUGGCAUAACUAGCAGCUAGAUACUUCUUUUUUGUUUGUUUUUUGCAAGGUGUAAUCUAAUCCGUUCCCUCAGACUGGCAAAUAUAACUUAUCUAUUUCUCCUGGCUUUUCAUUUGCAUUUAUUGUGACAAAUAAUAGGACACUUUCUAGUGCUUCUUUUUCGUUGAACCGUAAAAAGUGAACCUGAACACUACCUGUGUUUUUGAGGACCACCACGUUGUGCUACUCUGGUAGGAGAGUAAGUACAGAUCACUCGACUUGGGUAUGCAGAGAGGCAGGUGAAGGGUAUGAGAUGUUAUGGUGAAGCCUUACAUCUAAACUGUAAAUUAAAUUAUUCUUUUAUGGAAUAGCGUAUUUAAUUUCUUUGUGAAUCAUUUAUAAAUGAUUAAUGGCUAAGACAUUGUUCUAAAAUGUGAUGCCCUUGAAGAUGAAUUGUGAGAUGCUUUUUUUCCCCUCUUGUCAUAUUUAAUACACUGCCUAGAAGAAUUUUUAUUGUAAAGAAAAUCUUCAUAUUGGAUGUUUGGUUUAUUUGGUUUUGGUUCUUCCUGGGUUAAUGCAUUUGCAUAAAUU